AGUCACUACUGCAGGCCAACUGGCAGUUCUGUGAAUAUGGUGUAUGCGGCAUAUGUUGGAUCACUCCAUGGUUUAAUUACAGCGGAAUGUCUAGUGAGAGUCAUGGAUGAUUUAUUCGGAAGUGUUAUCGCCGCAACCCUCCACACAGACCAGUAUAAAUAUCCUACUGGUUCUGCGAGAGUAAUUUUCUCUAGUAGUGAAAGUUAUUUGAAAGCUGUCAUAACACAAUCGAUAACCAUUCACACUUCGAAAUUCACUAAAACUAUUCAUGUUCGUCCGUAUCUGGAGAAUACUCUUUGUAAUGUAUGUUUCAAGUAUCCUGGAAUAUAUUUUUGCCAAGCACUUCAAUGUUUCAAAUAUUUCUGUCCUAGUUGUUGGAGUAGAUUUCAUCAAAAUGUAGCUCAAAAUUUCAGUGAACACAAACCAUUAACUAAGGUCAGAUUCCAGUCUUAAUCAACCAACGACACCAGCGGCCAGACAACCAAUGAACAAGUCGUCAAGACAUUGAGGAACUUUGUUUAUUUUUUG